CUGGGCCACUUGUCAAGCUAGUUCAGCUGAUAAAAUCAGGCUACAGUUUGAUUUUUUCUUUACAUCCUUUUUUUUGGCAUUAAUCAAAGUCUUACAGCUUUUUUUUGAUUAUCCAUAAAAUCAUCUCCAGGAACAUAGGGUAGGAAUGUCAGAUCUUCAUCCUUUUUUGGGACACUGAGACUUGCGGUUAAGAGCCAAACCCUUGUGUAGAAGAGGACAGAAGGAAAACACACUGCUGGAAAGAAGAAAAAAAAUGGCACAUCAGGAAGUGGAGUUCGUGCGGACAGCCUACGGAAAGAACGCAGUGAAAGUGCUGUACAUCAGGAGAGAGGGGACACACCACAGCAUCAUAGAACUCAAGGCAGAUGUGCAGCUUACACUGAAGACACGCAAAGACUACCUGCAUGGCGACAACUCUGACAUCAUCCCCACUGACACCAUCAAAAAUACUGUGCAUGCUCUGGCUAAGCUGAAAGGGGUCAGGACUAUCGAGCAGUUCGCUUUAGACAUCUGUGAACACUUUUUGACAGCCUUCAACCAUGUCACCAGAGCCAAGGUGAACAUUGAAGAGGCACCAUGGAAAAGACUAGAGAAGAAUGGUGUAGAGCACAGCCACGCAUUCAUCCUCACCCCAGAAGCUUGCCGCUUUUGUGAUGUUGAGCAAAAUCUAAAUGAGAACCCUGUGAUCCACUCUGGUAUGAAGAACAUGACGGUUCUGAAGACCACACAAUCUGGCUUUGAGAACUUCCUGAAAGACAGGUUCACCACACUUCCAGAAACUAAGGACAGGUGCUUCUGUACCUCUGUUUACUGCAGAUGGCACUACAAUACACACAAGGAUAUCCCCUUCAACUCAAUAUGGAAGACUGUCAGAGACAUUAUCAUUGAGAAGUUUGCAGGCCCCUAUGACCGUGGGGAAUAUUCUCCUUCUGUCCAGAAGACCCUGUACGAGACACAGGUUAUAGUGCUCAGCAGAGUACCAGAGGUAGAAGAAAUUGAGAUAAUAAUGCCAAACCAGCAUUAUUUCACCAUCGACAUGACAAAAAUGGGGCUUUCCAACAAGGAUGAGGUCCUCUUGCCCCUGGAUAAUCCCUCUGGAGACAUCAGAGGAACAGUGAAGAGGAAACGUGCAAAACUGUGAGAGGAAGAGUAGCAGAGCAUUAAAAGGCAAGAGACAACCACAGUACAAAUUUGUCUCAAAGAAUUUAAUCACCAGAAAAUAUAUACAUCUGGUCAUGAUGUUUCCUACAUGAGUAACAGAAGAAUGGAUUUUCACAUUUGAAGCAAAUUGUUCAUCAUGAGUGAUUCAGUGUGUUCUCCCCAACUGCAUCUUUUACUAUAUCGCAAAUAAAGUCCAAUAAAUAAA